AAUUUAAGAAUCAUUGGAAAGACUUUCUCCGGUUUUGCAAGGACAUGGGAAAUACUGUCAUAGGUUGAAAUUCUAGGGUAUUUUAAUAAUGUCCUGAUUGUUUUUGUGGUUUCUCAUAUGCAAAUCCUCCAGGCAACAAGGACAUAAUUAUGGAAUUAAAAUCCUAACCCUGGCAUCCAAAAAGCUAACAAAGGAGCAAGUUAUCCUGUUUAUGUUAUAUAUUUCACAAUUCUGGAUAUAUGGUUCCCAGUCUAUCCCCACCUAAGGAUACCCAUUUAGUACUUUGCCUAGUAAAGCAUAUCACAAUUAAGGACCCACAAAAUGCUGUCUUGGAUUCUGGAAAAGUAAUAUUCUUUCCAAACAAUAUGAAAUUUAAAAAAUGAGAAAUUAAAUAGUAACAAAAACCUCCUGGUUAACGUUAAUUAUGUGGAAUUUUUCGUUAGUCAUGUGUUGAGAUUAUCAACUGUUUGGCUAUUGUUUUAGUACCAGUAAGUAGAGAUAAAGCCAGUUCAUUAAGUGACACUGCAAAUUUAACUACGUUGAUAACAAAUCAUCAAAAAAGUAUCUUUGGAUUACCUACACGCUUUUUAAAAAAUGAACUUGCAAGAUUGUUGCAAUUUUCCACCCACUGUGUACUUCUGCAAAGCAAUAAAGUAUGAUUUUACUCGAAAUCUAAAUCUCCAAUGUUCAAUAUUUUAUUACAAAUUGGGCAAGAUCUUUUUUCGAAUAGCAUGUUUGAUGGCACAAUAUGGCAGAACAGCAUAUUCAAUGGCACAAUUAGUAGUAAAAAAACAAACAGAAAACCAGUCUGACGUGCUUCCGGAAAACGUAAAAUAGACUGUAUAUACAGUAAUUCUUUUCAUAAGACAAUGAAAAAAUGUCAGAGUUGUAAUUGAGGACUUUAUUAACUGAACUAUACUUCUGAUUACAACAUUCUUUAUAUGUUAAUAGUUUCUCUGGAGAAAUUAGGGGCACAGGAAGUUCCUAUCAUUAAGGAUAUUAACAUAAAGCUUAAUAUGAAAAAUUAGCACUCAGUUCAUAAUACUCUAGGGACUUCAGAAAUGAAGAUUUGUAUGAUCUUUUUAUUUCUCACAACCCAGUAUUAAAACUGUCUAAUACCGCGAAGGAUGGUAGUGUUCCAUUUCGUUUUGCUAUUCAAUUAUUGCUGAUAGAUACAUGUUUUCAAAAAGGCCAUGGCCAUCUGUUUGCUUUCUCCUACUUCUCCAGAUGAAUAUACCCUUCAAUAUGUAGUAAAUACAUAUGUGGAGUUAUGUUUUGAGAUUUUUUUGAAGGAUUUGAACCAAACUGUUUAAACAGCUGGUAGCCUAAAACUCUGGAAUAUUUCCCACAAGGGAAAAAUAAUUAUUUGGGGAAUGCAUGUUACCACAAACUCAUUUGACUUGGAAAGUAGGCCUUUACACCAAAUCAAAUAACUGAACAAUGGGAUUAGAAACUUUAAUUAUUAUUGACCGCCGCCGCUGGGCGCCGUGGCUCACGCCUGUAAUUCCAGCACUUUGGAAGGCAGUGGCAGGUGGAUCGCUCGAGCCCAGGAGUUCAAGACCAACCUAGCAACAUGACAAACCCCGCCUCUAUAAAAGUAAGUAAAAAACAAAAAUCAUUAACCUUGAGUGAGUCAAGUCCAUCUGCAGACUGAAAAAAAUAAAGUGUAACAGAAUUUUGACUUAAAAAACGCUUUCAAAAAAGCAUUUCAAUAUGCUCUAUGUUUCAAAAAUACACUUAAAAAAUAUGUUUCCAACACAUUGAAGGGAUCUAACUAAGGCCCACAAUUACAGUUACGAUACAAACUGUCAGCUAAAAGGCAGCAACUUAAACUGAGACAGUUACUAACAUCCCUCGAGUAGCGUUUUUUGUUGCGAUUCGGCGCCGCACCCUUCACCCCGCCCUCCGGGGAGGAACCUAGAAAGGAAGGGUGGUACAUUUCUAAACCAGGCCACCCACACAUGAAUCAAGCGGCAUCACAGGCUGUCAACAACCAGGUCUCUAUUUUGUCUCCUCCUCAGGCGCCCCGCCCGUGCGGGACAUCAGCUCCGAGGGAGCGUCAAUCGCAGAUCGCCCAAGCGUUAAGAGGUGGCGAGAGGCCACCACGGUUGCCCAACAGUUGCGUUCCCAGGCUGCCUACUGUGACGCAGCAGCCCCCGCCCGGACCCUGAGGCCUGGCGCUCCGACUGAGCCGAGGCCUGUGCUACCCGACACUCCUUGCGACCCGGCCCCUUAGGCUUAUUCAGCGCGGACCUUCCCGGCUUCCCGAGUCCCAUCGCAGUCUCUCCCCACCCCGUUCCUCCCCGGUUCCUUGUCAGUCUCCGCCGCGAUGUCCUUGCGCAACCAUCCCAAGUGACAUUAGCGCCCAUACCCGCACGGAGCGAGCCUGAAGCUCCCACUUCCCGGAAUUCAACGCCGGGCCGCUAAAGGCGGGGACCCAAGCGAGGAUCAGCGGACUAAGGCCGCGACCAGAGCCGGCGGUCUCCGCGCAGAGUCCGGCGGCCUCCGCGCACCCAAGGUGCGCACUCCCAUUCGUGCGCGUGCGCGCACUCACCCCCCCCCCCGCCCCGCCCCAGCACCAAUCGCUUUUUUCCUACGCCCACGACUCUUCAACGUAGUCCCUCCCGCCGCCCGCGCGCGAGCAGAAAGGCUUCGCCGUGCGCGCGCCCGCCCGUUCACCGGCCCGCCUCGCGCUCUGUCGGGAAGGGGAGUGAACAGAGGCGCUUACGUCGCGCUGGAGGCGGAGGCGGAGGCGACGGCGACCUCGGUGGCGGCGGCGGCUACGACGGAGACGGUUGCGCUCGCUCGCUCUCUCGGCGUCAUGGCGGCUGCCGGGGGCAGAUAAGCGGAGGGAGCGGGAGCGCGCGCGCGACGGCGGCAGCGGCGGCGACGACUCGUUACUUAUAGCUCUUGCUGCCCUCGCCCUUGGUGCUUUAAUAAUGAAUUGUUAGCUCCACUCCGCAGGGGAUCGCGCGUUGGUGCUGCGGGCCGGGGCUUCCCCUUCCCCUCCGCGGCUGUCCCCUUCCCCCUCCCCCGCACGGACUCUUGCUUACCCUGAGACGCCGGAGCACUAGGACUCGGCGGCAGAGAUCCCGGGCCUGGGCGCGGGGGAGGCCGUCCACACGAGUCGGCUCCCUCCGCCCCGCCAAGCCCGCCGGUGAAUCAAAGGAGAGUCCCAGAAAACCUGUGACUGUUGAAGAAAAUUCAUCUGUGAAUUUUUAUAUUCAAGGAGUCAGUAUUUAUAUUCAUCUUUUAAACUGGGAAGAUUUAUAUUUUACUUUAAAACUUCUUGAUAAUAAUUUACAAUGAAUGGACACAGUGAUGAAGAAAGUGUUAGAAACAGUAGUGGAGAAUCAAGCCAGUCGGAUGAUGAUUCUGGGUCAGCUUCAGGCUCUGGAUCUGGUUCGAGUUCUGGAAGCAGUAGUGAUGGAAGCAGUAGCCAGUCAGGUAGCAGUGACUCUGACUCCGGAUCUGAAUCAGGCAGUCAGUCAGAGUCUGAGUCAGACACUUCCCGAGAAAACAAAGUUCAAGCAAAACCACCGAAAGUUGAUGGAGCUGAGUUUUGGAAAUCUAGUCCUAGUAUUCUGGCCGUUCAGAGAUCUGCAAUCCUCAAGAAGCAGCAACAGCAGCAGCAACAACAACAACAUCAAGCCUCAUCUAAUAGUGGAUCAGAAGAGGAUUCCUCUAGCAGUGAAGAUUCCGAUGACUCAUCAAGUGAAGUCAAAAGGAAAAAGCAUAAAGAUGAAGAUUGGCAAAUGUCUGGGUCAGGAUCUCCAUCUCAGUCUGGUUCAGAUUCAGAAUCUGAAGAAGAGAGAGAUAAAAGCAGUUGCGAUGAAACAGAAUCUGAUUAUGAGCCAAAAAACAAAGUCAAAAGCAGAAAACCUCAAAAUAGAUCUAAGUCAAAAAAUGGAAAGAAGAUUCUUGGACAAAAAAAGAGACAGCUUGAUUCAUCUGAGGAGGAUGAUGAUGAAGAAGAUUAUGAUAAUGAUAAAAGAAGUUCUCGUCGCCAAGCAACUGUUAAUGUUAGCUAUAAGGAGGAUGAAGAAAUGAAAACAGAUUCUGAUGACCUACUGGAAGUCUGUGGAGAGGAUGUUCCUCAACCUGAGGAAGAGGAAUUUGAAACCAUAGAAAGAUUUAUGGAUUGUCGGAUUGGGAGAAAAGGAGCUACUGGUGCUACUACAACCAUCUAUGCAGUUGAAGCAGAUGGUGACCCAAAUGCAGGCUUUGAAAAAAACAAAGAACCAGGAGAGAUUCAGUAUUUAAUUAAAUGGAAAGGAUGGUCCCAUAUCCACAACACUUGGGAGACAGAAGAAACCCUCAAGCAGCAGAAUGUUAGAGGAAUGAAAAAAUUGGAUAAUUAUAAGAAAAAAGAUCAGGAAACAAAAAGAUGGUUGAAAAAUGCCUCUCCAGAAGAUGUGGAAUAUUAUAAUUGCCAGCAAGAACUUACAGAUGAUCUACAUAAACAGUAUCAAAUAGUGGAACGUAUAAUUGCUCAUUCCAAUCAAAAGUCAGCAGCUGGUUAUCCUGAUUAUUACUGCAAAUGGCAGGGCCUUCCAUACUCAGAGUGCAGCUGGGAAGAUGGAGCUCUCAUUUCCAAAAAGUUUCAAGCAUGCAUUGAUGAGUAUUUUAGCAGGAACCAAUCAAAAACCACUCCUUUUAAAGAUUGCAAAGUAUUAAAACAAAGGCCAAGGUUUGUAGCCCUGAAGAAGCAGCCAUCCUAUAUUGGAGGACAUGAGGGCUUAGAAUUAAGAGAUUAUCAACUAAAUGGUUUAAAUUGGCUUGCUCAUUCUUGGUGCAAAGGAAAUAGUUGCAUACUCGCUGAUGAAAUGGGCCUUGGAAAAACAAUACAGACGAUCUCAUUUCUGAAUUAUUUGUUUCAUGAACAUCAAUUAUAUGGACCUUUUUUAUUGGUAGUACCGCUCUCCACUCUUACUUCCUGGCAAAGGGAAAUUCAGACAUGGGCUUCUCAAAUGAAUGCUGUGGUUUAUUUAGGUGAUAUUAACAGCAGAAACAUGAUAAGAACUCAUGAAUGGACACAUCAUCAGACCAAACGGUUAAAAUUUAAUAUACUGUUAACAACUUACGAAAUUUUAUUAAAGGAUAAGGCAUUCCUUGGAGGUCUAAAUUGGGCAUUUAUAGGUGUUGAUGAAGCACACCGAUUAAAGAAUGAUGACUCCCUUCUGUAUAAAACUUUAAUAGAUUUUAAAUCCAAUCAUCGUCUCCUUAUCACUGGAACUCCUCUACAGAAUUCCCUCAAAGAGCUCUGGUCUUUGCUACAUUUCAUUAUGCCAGAAAAGUUUUCUUCCUGGGAAGAUUUUGAAGAAGAACAUGGCAAAGGGAGAGAAUAUGGUUAUGCAAGCCUUCACAAGGAGCUUGAGCCAUUUCUGUUACGCCGAGUUAAGAAAGAUGUGGAAAAAUCUCUUCCUGCCAAGGUUGAGCAGAUUUUAAGAAUGGAAAUGAGUGCUUUACAGAAACAAUACUACAAAUGGAUUUUAACUAGGAAUUACAAGGCCCUCAGCAAAGGUUCCAAGGGCAGUACCUCAGGCUUUUUGAACAUUAUGAUGGAGCUAAAGAAAUGUUGUAACCAUUGCUACCUCAUUAAACCACCAGAUAAUAAUGAAUUCUAUAAUAAACAGGAGGCCUUACAACACUUAAUUCGUAGUAGCGGAAAAUUGAUUCUUCUUGACAAGCUAUUAAUUCGCCUAAGAGAACGAGGCAAUCGAGUUCUUAUUUUUUCACAAAUGGUGCGGAUGUUAGAUAUACUUGCAGAAUAUUUGAAAUAUCGUCAAUUCCCCUUUCAAAGAUUAGAUGGAUCAAUAAAAGGAGAACUGAGGAAACAAGCUCUAGAUCAUUUUAAUGCUGAGGGAUCAGAGGAUUUUUGCUUUUUGCUGUCCACAAGAGCUGGAGGUCUAGGGAUUAAUUUAGCCUCUGCUGACACUGUUGUUAUAUUUGAUUCCGAUUGGAAUCCACAGAAUGAUCUUCAGGCACAGGCUAGAGCCCAUCGAAUUGGGCAAAAGAAACAGGUGAAUAUUUAUCGUCUAGUUACAAAGGGAUCAGUUGAAGAAGAUAUUCUUGAAAGGGCCAAAAAGAAGAUGGUUUUAGAUCACCUUGUAAUUCAAAGAAUGGACACAACUGGGAAGACAGUACUACAUACAGGUUCUGCCCCAUCAAGUUCUACUCCUUUCAAUAAAGAAGAGUUAUCAGCCAUUUUAAAGUUUGGUGCUGAGGAACUUUUUAAGGAACCUGAAGGAGAAGAACAAGAGCCCCAGGAAAUGGAUAUAGAUGAAAUCUUGAAGAGAGCUGAAACUCAUGAAAAUGAACCAGGUCCUUUAACUGUAGGAGAUGAAUUACUUUCCCAGUUCAAGGUUGCCAACUUCUCAAAUAUGGAUGAGGAUGACAUUGAGUUGGAACCUGAAAGAAAUUCAAAGAAUUGGGAGGAAAUUAUUCCAGAAGAUCAAAGAAGACGAUUAGAAGAAGAAGAAAGACAGAAGGAACUUGAAGAAAUUUAUAUGCUCCCAAGAAUGAGAAAUUGUGCAAAACAGAUUAGUUUCAAUGGAAGUGAAGGGAGGCGCAGUAGAAGUAGGAGAUACUCUGGAUCUGACAGUGAUUCCAUCUCAGAAGGGAAAAGGCCAAAGAAACGUGGAAGACCACGGACUAUUCCUCGGGAGAAUAUUAAAGGAUUUAGUGAUGCAGAAAUUAGGCGGUUUAUCAAGAGCUAUAAGAAAUUUGGUGGUCCUCUGGAAAGAUUAGAUGCAAUUGCUCGAGAUGCUGAAUUAGUUGAUAAGUCGGAAACAGACCUUAGACGACUGGGAGAAUUGGUACAUAAUGGUUGCAUUAAAGCUUUAAAGGAUAGUUCUUCAGGAACAGAACGAACAGGUGGUAGACUCGGAAAAGUGAAGGGUCCAACAUUCCGAAUAUCAGGAGUACAGGUGAAUGCCAAGCUAGUCAUCUCCCAUGAAGAAGAAUUAAUACCUUUGCACAAAUCCAUUCCGUCUGAUCCAGAAGAAAGAAAGCAGUAUACUAUCCCAUGCCACACAAAGGCAGCUCAUUUUGAUAUAGACUGGGGCAAAGAAGAUGAUUCCAAUUUGUUAAUUGGCAUCUAUGAAUAUGGAUAUGGAAGCUGGGAAAUGAUUAAAAUGGAUCCUGACCUCAGUCUAACACACAAGAUUCUUCCAGAUGAUCCUGAUAAAAAACCACAAGCAAAACAGUUGCAGACCCGUGCAGACUACCUCAUCAAAUUACUUAGUAGAGAUCUUGCAAAAAAAGAAGCUCUUUCUGGUGCGGGAAGUUCAAAGAGGAGAAAAGCAAGAGCUAAGAAGAAUAAAGCAAUGAAGUCUAUAAAAGUGAAAGAGGAGAUAAAGAGUGAUUCUUCUCCUCUGCCUUCAGAGAAGUCUGAUGAAGAUGAUGAUAAAGAUGAGAUCAGUUCUGUGAAACAUCCAAAUAAAAAAAUUAAAACAGAAAGAGACAGUGAAGAAAAACCUGAGCCAGAUGUUUAUAUAAAGAAGGAACCAGAAGAAAAGAGGGAAGCAAAAGAAAAGGAGAAUAAAAAAGAACUUAAAAGGGAGAUAAAAGAAAAAGAGGAUAAGAAAGAUAUAAAGGAAAAAGAUUAUAAAGAAAAAAGAGAAAACAAAGUAAAAGAAGCUAUACAGAAAGAAAAAGACAUAAAGGAAGAAAAGUUGAGUGAAUCCAAGUCUGAUGGUAGGGAAAGAUCCAAGAAAUCUUCAGUGUCAGAUGCUCCAGUUCAUAUCACGGCAAGUGGUGAACCAGUUCCCAUUUCUGAAGAAUCUGAAGAGCUGGAUCAGAAGACAUUCAGCAUUUGUAAAGAAAGAAUGAGGCCUGUUAAAGCAGCUUUGAAACAACUUGAUAGGCCUGAGAAAGGCCUUUCAGAAAGAGAACAACUAGAACAUACUAGACAAUGUUUAAUAAAAAUUGGAGACCAUAUCACAGAAUGUCUAAAAGAGUAUACAAAUCCUGAACAAAUUAAGCAAUGGAGAAAAAACCUGUGGAUUUUUGUCUCUAAGUUUACUGAAUUUGAUGCAAGAAAAUUACAUAAAUUAUAUAAGCAUGCUAUUAAAAAACGGCAGGAAUCUCAGCAAAACAAUGAUCAAAACAGCAACUUGAAUCCUCACAUGAUUAGAAAUCCAGAUGUGGAAAGAUUAAAAGAGAAUACAAAUCACGAUGAUAGCAGCAGGGACAGUUAUUCCUCUGAUAGACACUUAACUCAGUACCAUGAUCAUCAUAAAGACCGACAUCAGGGAGAUUCUUACAAAAAAAGUGAUUCCAGGAAAAGACCCUAUUCUUCUUUUAGUAAUGGUAAAGACCAUCGUGAUUGGGAUCACUACAAGCAAGACAGCAGAUAUUACAGUGACAGAGAGAAACACAGAAAACUGGAUGAUCACAGGAGUAGAGAUCACAGGUCAAAUUUGGAAGGAAGUUUAAAAGAUAGAUCUCAUUCUGAUCAUCGUUCUCACUCAGAUCAUCGGUUACAUUCAGACCACCGGUCAAGUUCUGAAUAUACGCACCAUAAAUCUUCCAGGGAUUAUAGGUAUCACUCAGACUGGCAAAUGGACCACAGAGCUUCCAGCAGUGGCCCUAGGUCACCACUAGAUCAGAGAUCUCCUUAUGGCUCCAGAUCUCCAUUUGAACAUUCAGUUGAACACAAAAGUACACCGGAGCAUACCUGGAGUAGUCGGAAAACAUAACAAAAACUGAUACUUUGUUUUUCUGGACUUUUCUUUUAGCCAUAUAUCAUAAACCAACACAGUAAUUGCCUUACAUGACUUGAAAGAUAUAAACAGAUCUUCUAUCAGUAGCAGUAUUGUUACUUCUUUCCAGGAUGCAAGGUCUAUUAUCCCAACAGAAGAGAAAAUAUUUUUAUAUUUAAGGAUUAUGCUGCACUGUACUACAAAACUGUAGUACGUUUUUUUGUUUUCUUUUUUAAAGAAAUGGAAAAUGUUUACUAUUACAGGGACCUCAACACUGCCCUCCCAUACAGGCUGGAUAAAACUGUUUUUAAGUCAGUGAUUUUAGACUGACCUCCAUUUAAAUUAUGUUUAUAUAUGAACUUUACUCUGACCUGUGAUCAUGUUUCAGGAAGGAAUGAAAGAGAGUUCUUUCUUAAUAAAGAAAAACACUCAAGGACUUUGUUCAUUUCCAAAGCUACUUGUUUACAUUGUACACUGCGACCACCUUGCCGCUUUUCAUCACAAGCUUGAAUAUUUAAAUUCUGUACUUAUAUCUGUAAAAUAGCCAGGAAUUUCCUGUUUGUGAUCUAUUAUGCCUUUUUACAAAAAAAAAAAAAAUGGCUGUAAAUUAUUGUAAAUAUUAAAGGAACUUUCCUUACUUCCUUCCCUUU